AUGCUUUUUCUGACUGCCACUGAAAGCUGUCUACAAAAUUGUGGAUCCAAGGGUGGUCUUGUUAAUGGUGCACCUGACUUCAGAUCGAGAUGGUAAUAAAAGAAGCCUUCCUUGUCGCAUCUGUGGCCGCUGUGCUGCUCUGCGCACAACCAGCAGCAGCCUCGCUUCGGCGCGUGUGUUACUACACCAACUGGGCGCAGUACCGCCCCGGCAAAGGGAACUACUUGCCAGAAAAUGUGGAUCCCUUCAUGUGCACUCACUACAUCUACGCCUUCUCAGCGUUUGACGAGCAGGGGAGGAUCAAACCUUAUGAAUGGAACGACGAGUCGACCGAGUGGUCAGCUGGCAUGUACGAACGGUUUCAUAAACUGAAGGACCGGAACCCAGCUCUGAAGACCUUGCUGGCGGUGGGUGGCUGGAACGUUGGGUCAGGACCCUUUACGGAAAUGGUUACUACGCAACAGUCACGUGCUCAGUUCAUUCAGAGUGCCAUCACCCUUCUAAGGAAAUGGUCGUUCGAUGGUCUGGACGUUGACUGGGAAUACCCCGCCAACAGGGGCAGUCCCGCGGUGGACCGGGUGCACUUCACCUCCUUGAUCGUUGAGAUGCGCGAGGCGUUCGAGCGUGAAGGUCUUAUGUCAGGUCGUCCCCGCCUCCUGCUGACAGCUGCUGUGGCUGCAGGCAAGUCCACCAUCGACACCGCCUACGAGAUUACAUCCGUCAUACAACAUGUGGACUUUGUAAGCAUCAUGGCCUACGACCUCCACGGUUCAUGGGAAACCGUCACAGGUCAUCACACAGCACUGUAUCGCAGAGCUGACGAAACUGGCGAUGAUAUAUACUUGAAUGUGGACUUCGCUGUCAACUACUGGGUGCAGCUUGGAGCCCCCAAGGAGAAGCUGAACAUUGGUUUGGCCACCUACUGGAGAACCUUCACCUUGUCCUCCCCCUACCAGACUGGCCUGGGGGCACAAGCCAAAGGUCCUGGCAAAGAGGGUCCUCAGACAAGGACUGAGGGUUUCCUGGCCUACUAUGAAGUGUGUGACAUAAUGCACCAAGGAGGCCAGAUGCACGAAGACCCUGAGCAGUACGUCCGCUACAUUUCCAAUGGCGACCAAUGGGCCGGCGGCGAAGACAUCGUUAGCAUCACCAAGAAGACCUGCUACAUCAAGCAACACGGGUUUGGCGGUGUCAUGGUGUGGGCACCCGACCUCGAUGACUUCUCGGGUACCAGCUGUCAAGAAGGAACGUACCCGUUGAUGAACGCCGUCAUCAAGGAACUCAACAGUCCAUCAUACGAAAACUGCCCCAGUCCUACAAAUCUACCGGUCUUCACUACGCCCUAUCCGACUCCACAGCUUCACACCACACAGCCCCCAUGGCACGUGGAUACCACGCAUCCUCCAUAUAUUCCGCUGGAGACCUGGGUGCCUCCAUACACGACUAACCCUCCACACACGCCAAGCCCUUCAUCAGGACAUGGACUGUCUGAAAUAUACGACUUUUCCUGCAUGAAUCUACACAACGGCUUCUACCCCAACCCCAACACUGCGACCAGUACUACGUGUGUGUGAACGAGAUUGCUUACGGCGUGAAGUGUGCCCAAGGCAAGAUGUACGACAGAACCACUGAGGACUGCGUUGUCACCUCCGUGUGUCCGAACACGAUUCACUCACCUCAGACCACUCCAUACCAACACAUUGAAAACGUAAGCUUCUGCUCGGGGAGGUCUGACGGUGUUUACAGAAAUCCCAAUGACUGCAGCAAGUACAUCCAGUGUGUGAGUCAUGUUGCCUACGAAAGCCAGUGUCCCAGUGGUCUGGUGUUCAGUGAGUCGGUCCAGAGCUGCCAGAACCCCAUCAUGAGCCCCGAGUGCUACAACUACCGCUGGCCGUGAGCGAGCCGGCAGCCAUCGUUGUUGUCAAGCACUGAUUGUAAACAAGCCUGAGUAAAUGUGCCUUGACCGGAUUUUUUGGACAUGAUGUGCAGCUGGUGAUAAAUAAACAUGUUCUGGUCAUCUA